AUGCGCGAAAACGCAAAUGAGGGGAGAAAGCGGAAAAGAUCACAUGUUUACCGUAGACGCACACCAUAUAACUUUUCCGACGCUUUGCGCCUUUAAAAUAUUACUGGCAUCUUCAUUUUUUCAAUUUCAUUACUUUUAAUGUGAAAUAUGAUUUUUUCCAAUAGGACCCCAGCAAAUUACAAGCCAAAAAGUAUGAAAACCAAGAAAAAAAGUGCCAUUUCGCAUGAGGCAACUUUAUUUGUAUAAGUAGUUGAAAAGAAACAAAAAAAUUCAAAAAAAAAAUUAAAUUCGAGCUUUCUGUAUUUGUUUGAUCUACUGUGAUCUUGAAUACCGUCUCCUUGAAAAAAAAAUCAGAUUUUUUCAAAAUUAUUCAUGAAUUUUUCGAGGGGAUUUUGAAGAUUUCGUGCAAUUUUUUUUCUCUUUUCUCAAUUUUCACGAAUAAAAUGUUUGAAAUUGCAUCCCUAUUGAAAAAAAAAACGCUUUUCGAUCUUCUAAACUUUGUUUAUUACUUCUGAGGCGUGUGAUCUGCCGUAAUGUACGCAUUGCACGCGCGCGCCAACGAGGUUCGAUAAGCAGCGCGCAUCUUUUGUUGUUUUCCUUUUCAGUUGAACUUCCCAUUUUUUCAAGUUAAUUUCGAGUGCUCUAGGUCGUUGAAAAAGCAGGAAAAGCGCAGCAAAGGUCAAUAUUUUUAUAUGGUAUCAAUUUUCUUCAUUAGAGUGCUUUAAUACUGAUAAUGAGACUUUGUCAUCAUUUCGGUUCUUUUCGAUCUCUAGGUCUAAAAUUUUGAACGUUUAGGUGAAUUUGAGAAGUUUUUGAGUGUGCGGGUGAAGUCAAAAAGAGCUUUUUCUAUAAGCUGUAACGAUUUUCUCCAGGAAACUAUCUCAUUGACGCUUUCAAAAACUGUUCUUGUUAAAAUUUAAAAGCUCUUUUUUUUUAUCAUGAUUGGUCUACUGAAAAAAUUCUGACUGAGAAUUUCAAAGGCACCAAAGUUCUGCAUUAUCCUAAAUAAAAUUGGAAAAUCUUCGAAAUAAAAAAAAAAAAAUCUUAUCACUGUUUUCGUGCUACCAUUUUCGUCGGUGACUUUUUUUGAAAAUGACGUCCGUAACUCAUUUUUCGUUUGCAGAUCAUGCUACGCGUUGUAAACCAGCUUCCUGUGGUCGCGAGGUAUAUUAUAUUCAUCAAAAUGAUAUAAAAUCGAGAGGGUGAAUCAAAUAAUUUAGAACCGCCGUCCGCGCUCUGUCCGGCGGACCCGGAGAAGGCUCCGGCCGUGGUGGCGGCUCCGGAGGUAGCAUCCGUGACGCUGGAGGCGCUUUCGGCAAGAUGGAGGCCGCUCGCGAGGACGAGUACUUCUACAAGAAGCAGAAGGAGCAGCUCCAGAAGCUCCGCGGCCACAUCCAGGAGGAGGUCGACCACCACGCCCAGCAGCUGGAGAACCACAAGAAGGUCCAGGAUAAGCGAAAAUAGAGAAAACGAGAGCCUGGAAAAAAAAAACUUCGAAAAAAUGAUAGGACUUGGUUUAACAGAUUUACUAGAGAGCAUCCCAGUCGAUGUUUUUCUACCCUGACUCCGCCUCACCUUAACCAAAAUAAAAAAGUCAAUAAUAUGAUAAUUUUAGGCCCUCGAGCGUCACCAGAAGCGCAUCUCCGAGAUUGAGGCCGAAGAGCGUUCCCUCGGAAAGGAAUAA